ACAAUGAACCAUAACUUUCCUUUUCUCUCCUUCCCUUCAUCUAGUGAUAAAUAACAUAACCUGAUUUGCAACAAAAAAACAUGUCUGGCUCUAUUGCUUAAGCGCAAUUAAACGGUUAUGCAUCUUGUCUUGAAUAGGCAAGCGAAUGUAAAAAGUCUAUUGGCGUUCUAUAAUGGAUUCAUCUUAUACAAUUCAUGCCUCAGUUCAUUUGACAAUUAUAACAAGUUUGGCUGGAUUUUGGAGGCCGUUGAAUUUGCAUUUGGCAAAGAUUUAGAAAAAAAUUUGGUAAAAUCAACGGGAAUUAGAAACAAUUGCAGUUUCUAUAAACACACACACAUACUCAAGCGCCGAAAUGCACAACCAGUAAACUUGUUCACAUAUUCCCGGUUUUAUGAUCGUCAAGACGGCAUCGAAUCUGGCAGCAAAUUGGAUUAUAAAAGCGCUACCAAAUUAAGCAAACAGUAUCAGAAGCAAUCAAGUCUUCCAUUAUCAUAGAUAUCACUGCCAACAAAUCGACAGAAAUGUUCAAAUACGUACUACUCGUCGCUUUCGUCGCUUACGCCUCGGCCGCUGCUGUCAGCAGCUCCGAUGAUGCUCAUGCCGAAGUCAGUGUACUGAAGUCCGAUGUCCGCGUCGAUGGUUUCGACACCGCCCUGGAGACCAGCAACAGCAUUCACGUCGUGCAACACGGUGAUGAAAAGGGCAACAUCAACGGCGAAUACGGUUGGGUAUCACCCGAAGGCGAACACGUCAGUGUAAACUACGUGGCUGACGAGAGCGGUUACCACCCACAGAGCGAGCUCUUGCCCGUGGCUCCCCCAGUACCAGAGGCCAUCGUCAAGGCACUCGCAUACAUCGCAGCUCACCCCUCAAAGGAAAGCACGAACUAAGCGAAGCACUUGGAAUUAGAAUGGACAAAUGUGAUACGUAACGAUUUUGGAACGAUGCAAUUGAUUUUGAACUGGAACUGGAACUUAUGGUUCUUAUGAUUUGCUUGGCUAUAUGAAUAGUUAAAUCGUGGUUUCGACGCCACUCUUGAGCUUCAUCGAACUUUUCCACUUAUAUAUUGCCGAAUUUUUCAUUUUAUAUUUUAAAUUUUUUAUUUUGUAAAUAUGUGUGUGUUAAAUGCAAAUAAAAUACUCCAGCAAACUGGUAAGCCAA